AUGUCGUAUUACGGUGGGUACGGCGGCUGCGGCGGCGGCGGUGUGCUCGGCAGUGUGCUCGGCAUCGCCGGCGGCUACGGCGCCUACGGACGAUGCGGCGCCGACAACCUCUUCUAUCACUGGCGCUGCUGCACCUACAGUCCCUACGAAUGCUGUUUCGAGUUGGAGACGUGGGUUGUCGUUUUUCUCGUCAUCUUCUGCAUCGGCUUUUUCCUCUGCCUGUGCGCGUGUCUUGCCGGCUGCGUCUGGACAGCGAGAUCUCGUCAAUAA